UGCGAACCAACCAGCAAAUCGUGGAGGCGACUGUUCCACCUGCCGAGGCGCCCUUUCCGCCUCAGUUCCGCUAGACCAAGUUUCGAUCACCUUCACUUUCAGCUGUUCGAUCCCUGUGCUAAUGCCAUUCGCCAACGUUAGCAUUCCAGCUCUUUGCGUGAACUGCAAGAUUAUGUAGCAGGAGGCUUUUUGUGUAGCCAAUUAGCUCCGAGCAAUUGUGAAUUUUAGUCCUCUGGUUCUUGUGUGCCCAGGAGUGGAAGCUUGUGGGUGUAAUCGAGAAGGCUGAGGGGAUUGAUUUCUGUCGGGACGCUUGCUGGUGUUGAUUAGUUGCUUGAAGGCAAUUUUUCUGUGACCUAUAUUGCUCGGAGCUUGAGAGUGCAGUUGAUUGAUGAUUAGGGUUUUGCAGCUCCAGGAGCAGGAAUUGGAAAAAUGUGUACAGGCGUACAGAUCGCGUGAUAUUGUCAAAUCACUGGAUGGGCGUGAUCGUUCUAUUAUUUUCGCACCUUUUGAUCCACUUUUAAUUUGUGGAGUGUGCUAGAGCUCAAUAUUCUACGAGGAGUUUUGUGUGAGAGUCUCGAGUUGGGAAUUUGAUACGUGAACAGGCAAGGAUGGGGCAUGCCUCAAUUGUGCAGAGAAAUUGGGUUCCUUGCGCACAGCCCAACUUUGCGUGUGUUUUAGUCUCUGCGCCGGUUGCAAGCUUCAAAGUAGUACGGUUCAGGCGAGCACUGUCAAGUACCUCAGGCCUUUCAAGCCGUUUCAGAGUUACGAACCAGACGAGGCUUAGUCCUAUGAAAAUGUUGUCUCCACAAUCAAGAUACUCUGGUAAUAGCGAUGGCGGUGAGAGUGAUUCAGAUGGCAGGUCAGGGUGGAGCCCUCGUGAUAAAUUCGGGCUGUAUCCUUGGGAUCCGUCUUGGGAUUCCCCAGAACGGGAUUGUAAGGAUGUGGAUUGGGUUCGAGAGGAUACAUUUACUUUCUUCACCACAGAUGGGCUGGUGCGGAUCGGGGGUUCAAUUCGGCCAUCAUUUGGGAAAAAACAUCGGCUUAGAAGACGGCGUUACAAGGAAGAGGAUUACAUGGAUCCGAAACAAGGCCUUUGUCUGGGUGCCAUUUUCGAUAUUGCAGCAACCAAUGGCUUGGACCGAGGGCGGAAGCUUUGUGUGGUUGGCUUCUGCCGAUCUAUUGAGAUGCUGAACGAUGUAGUGGAAGACACUGUUCUAGAUUUAGGGGGCGAGGUGGUGAUAGCAGAAAAAGCCACUACUGAAGGUCUACAUGAAAAGCUGACGAUGAUGGUGGUCAUGCCACUACUGUGGGGAGUACCUCCCGCGGUCGACACUCUGAACUACGCCAUCAGGUCAGGUGGAGGAAUUGUAGAAAAAACUUACAAGCAGUGGCACUUCUUGUAAAUCUUAUGUAUAUUUGCUGAUCUUGCGACAUUCCAUUCUUGUUGUAAUAUAUCUGUAGUAUUUAUCACGGUAGAAAUCUAGCUUCUUGAAGGAGUAUCUGCUAUUGCAGACCGUAAGAAGGUGGACAAGGAAGUAGCCUUGAUAAAUUGUGAUUAGUGUACUUUUCCUGUGUAUUGUACCAUGUUUUUGUACACUGCAACACUGUAAAUACAACCCUCUAUCUCAAGUUGGCACCCAAUGAUGGGGUUUAUUCUUUUGACAA